AAAACGUUUUGUAACAUUUGCAGUUUGUAGUUAUUUUAUGUGUAAAAUAUUACUGUAUUAGAAACAAAAAAUUAUUUUAUUAUUUAGUUCAAAAUGACGGUAUGGAGACCUGGAAACCUCUCGGCGCGCUGCGCACCCCAAUCGAACCUGUCAGCGUGCAGCAACUUCGGCUACAUGCUGCUGAACAUACUAGCUCAGUUGUACGGAGAUGGUAUUGGCCAGGACAGCGGCAGUCCAGAGAGGCAACCUGACAUCAUGUAUGACUUCAUCGUGGUCGGAGGAGGUACUUCCGGGUGCAUCCUCGCUAACAGACUAAGUGAAAGGGAGGACUGGAAGGUACUCCUGCUAGAAGCAGGUCCUGAGCAGCCAGAAGUAACGCUGAUCCCGAGCGUGUACUUCGCGCUGCAGGGCUCCAACGUGGACUGGGGCUACACCACGGAGCCUGAUAACAAGAGCUGCAUCGCCAGACCCGGGGGACGCUGCACCUGGCCAAGAGGCAAGAUGUUAGGAGGGUCGAGCUCCAUCAACUCUAUGUUGUACAUCAGAGGACACAGAGAGGACUACGAUGGCUGGGGGAGGACGAACCCCGGCUGGAAAUAUGACGAUGUUCUGAAAUAUUUCAUAAAAGCCGAAAUGAACUUGGACAUAAAGCAUGGACCUUACAACAACCCACACAAGCCAUUUGUCCAGAACCUGGACCCGACAUACCACGGUAUUUAUGGACCUCAGCCGGUGUCCUACUACCCUCGCUACGAAGACAUCGAACUUUUGCCUGUAGAAGCCUUUAACGAAAUAGGCCUCCCAAUAACAGAUUUCAAUUCCGAAUCCAACUAUGGUACCAGCCAAGCCCAAUCUACAAUUAAAGACGGUAUGAGAGUAUCUACAUACCAAUCAUACAUCCACUCUAUUAGACACAAGCGAAAAAAUUUAACAGUUAAAACUGAAGCUGAAGUAGUGAACAUACUUAUUGAUGAAAACAACAGAGCCUACGGUGUCCAGUACGAGAAAGAUGAUAAAAUACAUGUAGCGUUAGCCAAGGCUGAAGUUAUCGUCAGUGCUGGCAGUAUCAACUCUCCGAAAUUACUAAUGCUUUCAGGAAUAGGGCCUAAGAAACAUUUGAACGAAUCAAAAAUACCUUUAGUACAAGACUUGCCUGUUGGGGAGAACCUACACGAUCAUGUAAACUUUAACGGCCUUGUGAUCGCUCUGAGCAAUGAUACUGUGACUGACCGGAGUAACAAAGAAAUCUUACAAAAGUACGUCGAAUUCAGAAAUUUAGAAGUCAAUGAUGGCCCUUUAUCUGAGAUAGGUCCUUUAGUUUCAAUGGCCUUUGAUAAAAUAGCAGAAGAUGCAACUGCUCCCGACUUUGUGUUUAAUAUUCUCAAUAUUUGGCGAUGGAGGGAGUAUGUUAGUGAUCCUGUAGGGUACGAUAGAGCGAACAUAGCUCCAACCGUAUUUUAUGAUGCCUUCAGUCCUAAACCAGUACUUAUAACGCCUUAUAGUAGAGGAAGAUUGCUUCUAAACAAGACAAAUCCUGAUGAAGCGCCUUUAUUAUACCCGAAUUAUUUCGGCAACCGUUCAGAUUUGGAGAGACUAGUGGAAGCGACGAGGGUAGUUUACAGUUUGGAGCACACGCAAGCUUUUCAGAAGUCUGGAGCAUAUUUUGUGAAGAAACCCUUGGAGCAUUGCUCGCGGUACAAAUGGGGCACGGAUGAUUAUACGCGGUGCUUAGCGAUGAGCUACACUACUACUCCAUACCACCCUGUGGGGACCUGCAAAAUGGCUCCAAAAACCGACCGAGGAGUGGUGGACAACCGUCUUCGGGUCUACGGCGUGUCAAGGCUUAGAGUAAUCGAUGCAUCGAUAAUGCCGGUGGUAACCAGAGGUCACACAAACGCUCCAACCAUAAUGAUUGCUGAGAAAGGUGCUGAUAUGAUAAAGGAGGACUGGCCAGCUCCUGUGAAGCAUAAGCUUGAGGAAUAUGACUCUCUGGGGUUCAGAGAUGAAGUAUUGAGGGACAGGAGUUUCCAGCACGUGACGCCGUAUAAAUAUGACUAUUGGAAUGUGCAAUAGAAAACGUCACUUGUUUCACAUUUCGUGGUGGAUGUGAGCUUGCA